AAAAGUAAGUAAGGCUCUGUUUGUUAGUCAGUGAGAGAGAGAGAGAGGGAGGGAGAGAGAGAGAGAGAGAGAGAGAAGGGAAGCCCAAAGAAAUGGGUAAGAGUAAGAUAGUAGAGAAGAUGAAGAAGAAGAAAGGAAGACCUUCUUUAUUAGAUCUCCAAAAACGCUCCUUAAAAGAACAGCAGAACCACCAGCAGCAGCAGCAGCAAAAGAAACGCAUACAUCAUCAUCGUCAUCGAAACGUUUCGCCCUCUCAUUCCAGUUCAAGCAUUUCAACAACAACCACCCCUAAUUCUUCUCAAAAUCACAAAUCUGCCACCACCACUACAGCUCCUCCACGUCGAUCCGCUCGCCGCAACCCUACCAACGACGACAGCUGCCGCGACUCCUCUGAUGAUGAGGACAUCGCAGAAUCAAACGGAAAGCGCCGCCGCGAGAAGAAGCUGAAGCUGGUUCUCAAAUUGCCCAAAUCAGACACUAAUUCGACGUCGUUUAACUCGUCUGGAGAGGAAUCGAACGGUGAAGAAGAGAAAAAUACGGCGUCAAAUAAAAAGAAGAGGAAGAUCAAUGGAUCUGAGAGUGAAAAGGGAGAUCAGAAGUCUACAACUGGAACAAACCCUACAAGCAAUGUCAAAGAUUCUGGACCCUCAACACCUUUACCUGAUAAAAAGCUAUUGCUGUUCAUCCUGGACAGGCUUCAAAAGAAGGACACGUAUGGCGUGUUCUCCGAGCCAGUGGACCUAAAUGAGCUUCCAGAUUACCUUGAAGUCAUUGAGCAUCCCAUGGAUUUUGGAACUGUCAGAAAGAAACUCUUGAAUGGAGCUUAUGCCAGUUUGGAACAAUUUGAGAAAGAUGUUUUCUUAAUAUGUACGAACGCAAUGCAAUAUAAUGCCCCAGAUACCAUAUAUUUUCGACAGGCACGAUCCAUACAAGAGUUGGCAAGAAAGAACUUUGAAAAUUUAAGGCAAGAUACUGAUGAUAACGAGGCAGAACAUAAAGUUGUAAAAAGAGGGAGGCCACCUUCAGAGAAUUUAAAAAAAUCACCAGGCAGGCCUUCACUAGACCCUGCUGGUUCUGAGUUUCCCUCAGGUGCGACUCUUGCUACAGGUGGAGAGAAUAGACCUUCAGAGAAGCCUGGUUUUGCAGAUUCUUCAGAACAAUUUCAUGGUUCUCGCAAUGAAGCUUAUUCGCUGACUGAAAACAGAUUUGAGAGGCAUGACGAAACUGCAGGUUCUGCACUUAAAGGUAAGCAUGGUAAGAAGCCUUUGGCAAUUGAUGAGAACAGGCGUAACACUUAUAAGCAAUUCCAUCCUUCUGCUGGUGGACGAGCGCCAUCUGUGCUGACUACUUUUGACGCAGAAAGGAAGCAGCUAGUUGCUGUGGGACUUCUGACAGAGCAUGGUUAUGCAAGGAGCAUAGCACGAUUUGCUGCGAACAUUGGACCUUUUUCCUGGACAAUUGCAGUUAAGAAAAUAGAGAGGUCUUUAGCACCUGGAAUUAAGUUUGGUCCUGGAUGGGUUGGAGAAAACGACAUCACACCACAAAGGCCGUUAUUUUCUUCACCCCCUCCAAGUCAGCCGGCACUGCCACCACUACCACAAAGGCCCUUCUCUGUUCUUGAAAGUUCAGCUGCUAAUGCCACCCGUUGCAAUGUUAAAUCAAAAGAAGAGAAAUUGUCAGUGAAACUUGAGAAAGAUGUUUUAUCAGAGAAGAAGGUGCCUUCUACUCACUUGUCAGAUACACGUUUAACUCCUGUUCCUCCAUCCACCUCAAUGACUACCUCCUCUGCUGCCAAUAAAUCUGAACCUUGCACAGAAAGAGCAGAAGCACUUGCGAAAUUGAAUUCCCAUUCUGCAUUUAAUGUGCUGAACAGUAGUACGGGUGUGGCAAGGCAAAGACCUCCAUUUCAGCUUCAUCAGAACCCAGCCAUUCACCCUGGCAUGAUUGGAUUCAAUGCCACAUAUGGGUUUAACCUAGCAGCAGCCCAAAUGGGAAAACUAGUUGGAGUUUCUAGGCCUGCUGGGUUAAACAUUCAUUCAUCUCAGAUGGCCGACAUGGUCUCUAGAACUAGUUCGAACCUGGUCCAUUCAGCAAAUGCAAACAGCCUAAACUCAGAGAAAACGAAGUUCCCUGAGAAUUCAAGUUCAAUAAAUUUCAAUGGUGCAUUGCCAAAUUCUGUGAGCGAGGCAGUGGAGGCCCCAAGACCUGUAGACCAACCUCAACCAACUUGGCAAGGGUUAUAUCCAAAAUCAAAACCAGAUUCAGGCUCAUCACCACAUCAGAAAUCGGAUGCUGUCCCACCUGACUUGAAUGUCAGAUACCAGUCUCCAGGUUCUCCUAGUUCUGGUCGCAUUGAUUCAGCACAGCCAGAUUUAGCUUUGCAGCUCUAAGAAAUAGUAGAGCUAUUUUUAUUUUUUUUUGCUUCUCGGAUGAUUAAGUUAACCAUAGAGUGGUGCCAAUGCUUCUUGACUGUGGUUUGGUAUUGAAUCCCAAACCACUCAAUCAGGAUUCAAGCGUUGGCACCAGCACAGAACACUAGAGUGGUGGGCUUGGCAUUUGUGCUCCUAGGGAUUAGACCAAGUCAAGGUCUCCUCAAUAAGGAUCCAUCUGAGCCACAGCUAACUGUACUGUAAAAUUGCAGGUUGUUUCUGUACAGAUUAAUGUAUCCUGAUUCAUAGAUUCCUAAGCUUAAAAAAGGAUUUCACUUGUAACCUUGGAAACCAAAGAAACCAUGAUGUUCCUAGAA